UUUGCUCUUCAUCCUUCUCUCUCUCUCUCUCUCUCUCUCUCUCUCUCAAACAAAAACACAAACACUUAUAAAAAUCAAAACACUAAUGGGUUUUCCAGUAGCUUACACAGAGCUUUUCCUCCCGAAGCUCCUUCUUCACACACUUUCCUUUCUGGGUUUCAUCAGAAAACUAAUCUCCAUUCUCUUUAGCUAUCUGGGUCUCCAAGAAUUUCUCGAACCCGACAUUGCUUGGCCCGACACACCGACCAUACGUGUCCCCGCGCCUCUCUCCGUCUCCGCUCUUCUCAUCCGCGAAAUCCUGCCGGUCGUUAAGUUCUCAGACCUUGUUGACCCGCCAGACUCGUGUGCCGUUUGUCUCUACGAGUUUGAAGACCAGGACGAGAUCAGACGGCUCACAAAUUGCCGCCAUAUCUUCCACCGUAGCUGCCUCGACCGUUGGAUGGGAUACGAUCAGAAAACGUGCCCCUUAUGUCGUACGCCGUUUAUACCAGAUGAUAUGCAAGAGACGUUCCAUGAGAGGCUAUGGGCUGCUUCCGGGAUCCCCGACUUAUAUGAUGCUGAAUAUUCUCAGGUCACUGAUUUGCAGGCUUCAAGUUAAAAAAAAUGGAGGAAAAAGAAAAUAUAUUUUUUUUUCUUUUUUGAUCGUAUAAAGGAGCCGGGGUGGUUGGUUUGUAUAUACACAAGAGAGAAUGAUCCGAGAAGAGAAAUGAAAAUGGAGAGCUACAUAUUAGAAUUAUAUGUUUAUAAUAAUAAUAAUAAUAAUAUUUAACUUAAUUAAUUUGUAGUUUGUACAGUCUG